AUGCAAAGUCGCCUGUUGUUGUUGAUGUUUUGGGUUGGUUCCCUAGCGAUCACCGUCAUUUCCGAUGUCAAUUGUCCAGAUGGUGAUGAGGUGAACAGUCAUGAUCACUGUGUUCACAUGGAGACCACUCCGACGAGCUGGUCAGAUGCGGAGGCGUUCUGCAUAAAGCGAGGAGGUCAUCUCACAUCCGUACACAAUCAGUUCGACAACUCUGCAAUCAGAUCUCUUGGAGAGUACACUGGCUGCAGUUCCUACUGGACAGGAGGGCAGUGCAGCUCAGGCAAUUGCUCAUGGGCAGACGGCACACUGUUCGACUUUAAUAACUGGGGCCAAGGUACUUGGAGUACGGCAGACUGCACUCAGAAACAAUGUUUUGUCUGUGAAACGCGUGUGGCAAUGACCGAUUGUACUGACUGGUAUAAUGCCGGAUAUCGAGAUGAUGGAGAAUACAGUAUUGUUCUUGAUAGCAAACCUUACAAGGUCUAUUGCGACAUGAAUACUGCCGGCGGAGGAUGGGUAGUGUUCCAAAGGAGAGUGAACGGCAGUGAUCCAUUUUGGAAUCAUACGUGGGAUGAGUACAAAAAUGGGUUCGGCGCCAUGGGGCCGACAGAACUCCAACUACUGGUCCGGCAACGAACUUCUCCAUCAGCUCACCACGAAAGACGCCGAUGUGACUUUAAGGGUAGAGAUGAGAGGCGACCGAACACCUUCUGCGCCAGAGCCAAACGCAUUCUGGUGGAAUCACUACACCUUGUUCCAAGUGGGAACCUGAAGCAGCAACCUAUAUGCUCAAAAGCCUCUUUGCAUUCGCACUGGUCACAACAUACAGCCGGCAAUGCAUCCACUGCCGAAUGGUGGAGUAUGUUUUGGAUUAUCGAUGGCUACGACUACAUCAUCCAUCCACGUGAAACCGCUAUGAUGCUCAGGCCGACUCAAACCUGA